GUUGUGUUUGGCAGCUCUACUUUCCAAUACUAAUGGGUUUUCUUGGGGGCGUAGCCACGAGACGGUACAGAAUAUGCACUGUGUCAAGUUUCUGACACACUUUUUAAAGGUGGGGUAAUUUACCUGAGAAUCAGACACACUUUCAUCUUCCAACAGGCAGACAGCAGAGUUCUCUUUCUGUCCAGGACAGAGAGCAAGUUGUAAUGGGGGACACAGAGAAAGGGAAGAAGGCUUUUGUCCAGAAGUGUUCCCAGUGCCACACGGUGGAUGAGGGGGGACGACACAAGGUGGGACCUAACCUCUGGGGCCUGUUUGGCCGGAAGACAGGACAGUCACCUGGAUACUCCUACACACAGGCCAACACCAACAAGGGUGUAGUCUGGGAGGAGAAGACACUAAUGGUCUAUCUAGAGAACCCUAAGAAGUACAUCCCAGGUACCAAGAUGAUCUUUGCUGGUAUCAAGAAGAAGAAAGAGAGAGAGGACCUGAUAGCCUAUUUAAAGGAUGCCACUUCGUAGACAGACACACAACAUGCACACACACCGUAUCAUACUGUACACACACACACACACACACACACACACACACACACACACACACACACACACACACACACACACACACACACACACACACACACACACACACACACACACACACACACACACACACACACACACACACACACACACACCUCUCUAACACACACCUGUCAUUCUCUACUAACUUACUCCCACUCCUGGUACACAUGUUCUUCUGACACACCCAAGGACACACCUCAAUACACACACAAACAUACAGCACACACUACUGUACACUACCACACACACUACAACACACGCUACCAUACACACU